AUGAUUCCUGAGGGUCUUGACAAAAGGCCCUUAAAGGACAUCGUUGGUGAGAUUGUGAAGCACAAUUUCAACUGCGUGCGUCUCACUUAUGCAAUGUACAUGUGGACACACUAUGUCCACAACAAUAUCAAUGCCACGUUUACCUCUUUGGAUGUACCAGGCGUGGUCCAAGGUAUUGUCAAGAACAACCCUUCCGUGUUAUCCAUGACACAUGUUCAGGUCUUUGAUUGUGUCGUUCGUGAACUUGGGAUUCAAAACGUGAAAGUGUUGCUUGAUAACCAUGUGAGUGAGCCAAAGUGGUGUUGUAAUGACAAUGAUGAGAACGGUUUCUUCCAUGAUAGACACUUUAAUCCUCAAGAAUGGGUGCAUGACCUUACUCUAGUAGCCAAACACUUCAAUGGAAACCAUGUUAUUGUGGCAAUGAGCUUGAGGAAUGAAUUGCAUGGUCCACGCCAAAAUGUGUAUGACUGGUACAGGUACAUGAGCAAAGCAGCAGUGACUAUACACAAGACAAACCCAAAUGUGCUUGUGGUUAUUUCCGGAUUGAACUAUGAUACUGAGUUACAGUUUUUAAAGAGUAAACCAUUGAAGAUAGAUUUGGAGAUAUGGACAAAACAACUAAUGAAUAGGAUAUGUGCCGACAGCAUUAAAGGGAUAGAGGAUAGAGCUGGAUUCCUCACCACUAUCAAGAAUGCAGCUCCUUUAAUUUUUACAGAGUUUGGGUUUAAUGAGGCAGGAUCUUCAGUGGAGGACAACAGGUUCUUAACAUGUCUUCAAACUUAUCUUGUUGGAAAAGAUUUGGAUUGA